AUGGAGUGGCAAACACCGGCUGUGUCUGAAAAGUUUCAAAGCCGCUUCGGUCGUCGUCCUGGGACAUCAGACAGUGGGGACACUGGCAUCGGGACCUCUGUCUCAGACAGCACAGAAGAUUUCUGCAGCACUAGCAGCAGCCCCUCCUUUCAGCCUAUUCGCAGUCAGAUCUCCAUUCCCACUGCACAUGUCAUGCCAUCCACGGCCGGCUCCCCGGCCUCCAAGUCGGGACUGCAGGGCGAUGAGCUGUCAUCAGAUCCGCGCAGGUUUUCUUCUGGAUCUCGGACUCAGGGUGGCUCCACCUCAAAGUCCUCGUCUUUGUCAAAGUCUGCAUCUUCUCCAAACCUGGAUCUGCCCCUCUGCGUGGGACCAGAGACUGUAGUUCCUAAGUCUGAGUGUCUGAGCCGAUUUCGCAGCAUGGUCAAUGGCUUGGACCAGUCACUGUUCCCCGACCACACACGCAUAGACGAGGGCCAGCGCUUUGACACUCCUGCACUGGAGCCCACUCUGAACCAGUCUGCUCUGCUAGGGGAGCUGGAGCCGGAUGUCAGGUUUAGAUUACAGCCCUCUGGGAUUAGAGACACAGAUUCUGACGCAUACAGAGGAGCCAUGGAGCACAGAUAUAAGGUGCUGCCUGAGGCCCGGACUGGUGCCUCAGAGGUUGGGAGGGGGGGUCAGGCUUCUACCCCGGCGUCCUGUGGUCUUUACAGCAGCAUCCCCCUUAGCCCACAGACUCAGGCCCUUCUCAGGGAGCACCCUGGAGCUCCUCAGAGCCUGCUCAGAGAUCACCCCCUGAGGGCAGAGCGCUCUGAACUGUCCAGCUGGCAGCAGCAGCAGCACAAGCACCAACUUGGCAGUCUGCGGCUGCAAGUGGAGCAGAUGCAGUUGAUGGGUGGUGGAGUGGCUCAGUAUCCGUCUCUGUAUUCCUCCUCUGCGCACUCCGACUCUGGAAAGUGGGACGCUCUGGUUAAAGCCAGCGAGAGUUUAUUGAAGGAGAAGGAGCUCGUCAUAGAAAGACAAAAGCAGCACAUGGCCCAGCUUGAGCAGAGGUUGAGGGAAAGCGAGUUGCAGGUCCAUGGGGCUCUUCUGGGUCGAGGGACUUCUUACGGAGACAUGCUGAUGCUCCGGCUACAGGUGAACAAAUCUUUAUAA